CCAAUAGGAAGAAACCCUACCUCGUUCCCUCAUAACUACAAAGUACAAACACAGUUUCGUCGCCGUCGCCGUCGCCGGGUGCUGCUCUUCCGCUGUUCCACCGUCGUCUUCGCUCUUCAUCUCCUCCCGACAGCCUGAGCAUAAUCUAGCAAUAUCGUGAGCCGCCGCCAUGGGCCGCGUCCGCACCAAGACCGUGAAGAAGUCCUCCCGCCAGGUGAUCGAGCGGUACUACUCCCGCAUGACCCUGGACUUCCACACAAACAAGAAGGUCCUGGAGGAAGUCGCCAUCAUCCCCUCCAAGAGGCUCCGGAACAAGAUCGCCGGGUUCUCCACCCACCUGAUGAAGCGCAUCCAGAAGGGCCCCGUCCGCGGGAUCUCGCUGAAGCUGCAGGAGGAGGAGCGCGAGCGCCGCAUGGACUUCGUCCCCGACGUGUCGGCCAUCAAGACCGAGGAGAUCAACGUCGACAAGGAGACCCUCGACAUGCUCGCCUCCCUCGGCAUGUCCGACAUUCCGGGGCUCGUCGAGGUCCAGCCGCAGGUCAUGAUGCCCGCCCAGGCUUUCGGCCGCGGUGGACCCGGAAGGAGGUACUGAUUGAGGCCAUGCCAUUGCUCUGAGGAUGGAGAGCUUUUUCGUGGUCAUUUGAUUUUUGUUUCGAUAGUCAGGUUAGUAUUUCCUCUUUAUUUCUAUUACUAUGGUGAGUUUGUAUAGAUGCGGGAUCCUGCCAUACGAACUCAUAGAAUUUUAGGAGUCUCGAUCCAUGUUUACAAAUGAAAAGGUUUAGAGCUCAAUGGCUCACUCCCUGGUCAAGAUUUUGCAAUGCCGAAAACCGUGGCUGACCAAAGAUCAAAUCAUUACUUUCUAAUCUGAGAAUUUGCUCAAUGUCAAAAAGGGUUUGAGGAUAUCUUAUGCUACUAUUUAAAUUAGAAGUUCUGGUCGAUUUUUCCACCA